GAUAAGGGUGUCAACACCUUUCCUUAAUCAUGUGGUAGUGAACGAGUUAUCAUGAAUCCCGGACCCUUUGAUCAUUAGGGCUUUUUGCCUCUUACGGUUCUCACUAUAUAAAGAUGACAAAACCAAUAGAAAAACAAUUAAGCAAAAGAAGAAGAAGAAGAAGUAAUGGCUUCCUCUAUGCUCUCCUCUGCCGCUGUGGUUACCUCCCCGGCUCAAGCCACCAUGGUCGCUCCAUUCACUGGUUUGAAGUCAUCCGCUUCUUUCCCGGUCACCCGCAAGGCCAACAACGACAUUACUUCCAUCACAAGCAAUGGGGGAAGAGUUAGCUGCAUGAAGGUGUGGCCACCAAUCGGAAAGAAGAAGUUUGAGACUCUAUCUUACCUCCCUGACCUUACUGACGUCGAAUUGGCUAAGGAAGUUGACUACCUUCUCCGCAACAAAUGGAUUCCUUGUGUUGAAUUCGAGUUGGAGCACGGAUUUGUGUACCGUGAGCACGGAAACACUCCCGGAUACUACGAUGGACGGUACUGGACAAUGUGGAAGCUUCCAUUGUUCGGAUGCACCGACUCCGCUCAAGUGUUGAAGGAAGUUGAAGAAUGCAAGAAGGAGUACCCGGGCGCCUUCAUUAGGAUCAUCGGAUUCGACAACACCCGUCAAGUCCAAUGCAUCAGUUUCAUUGCCUACAAGCCCCCAAGCUUCACUGAUGCUUAAAUCCUUUUCUGGAAUAUUCAAUGUUGACUAUCCGGAACCCAAUUUUGUAUGGUCAAUGUAAAUUUAAGUAAUUAUUUUGCCAAAGUGAAAAAACUGAAGGUUUGUUUUUCUAUCGUUUCCUCUAUAAAAAUCUCUAUUCAUAUCACUUCAUUUCUGCUCUUAUCACUUUUAACUCUUUUUAUUCGUUUUAUCUCUUUUAACUAACAUUUUAGUUCCUUUAAAUUUCUCUCCUAAUUCUUGCCUUUGGUUCUCUAAUGAAAGAGUACCCUUUUUAGGUACAUUUCGCACUUGAAAGCAUAGCAAAGAUGCGUCCAUCAAUCAAAUUUUGAGGGUUGAUUUAGAACAUUUUAAUUUAAAGAUGAAAAACAGCCAGUAAAGGUAGUAAAAAUACGUAGAAAAUAGAGAUGUCGUCUCAGAGAAGAUGAAAGUUACAUAGCCCUUUGGAAAGGAAAAAAUGAUCACUACCGUCAAAAGUUUGUCACAAGAGAUACAUGCUCAAAAAUUCGCAACACUAAGCCUACGAUGGACGGAUACAAAGGGAUCUGUUUCUUUUACUUUACCCUAACUACUCCUUUCUCAGUUGGCUAGCUUCAAAAAACAGAGUUGCCACGGGAGACAGAAUGUUUAAAUGGAAUCAACAAGUGAACACAAACUGCAUGUUCUGUCACGAACCUAUGGAAACAAGACACCAUCUUUUUUUUGGGUGCUCUUACUCGCAGAAGGUAUGGGAGAAGCUGAUAAGGGGAAUACUACUUGAUAAGUACUCGACAUAUUGGAGGGAAGUCUUUAAAACCAUUUGUGACAAAAACUAUGACAAAACAAAAAUCUUCAUUCUACGGUAUGUCUUCCAAAACACGGUUCAUUCGAUUUGGGGAGAAAGAAAUGCUUGAAAGCAUGGUGAACAACCAUCACCAAUGGAGAAACUUGUCAAGUUAAUUGACAAAAAUGUUUGGAACCGGCUGAGCACAAUACGGAGUGGGGGGAGCUUUGAAGUAUGAAGGAGGUCUUCAAGUUUGGUUUGGUACAAGACAAGCUUAAGACCAAAUCCUCUGUUUUAGAUUUGUUUUUCAAAAAAGUAUGCAUUAAGUUGUAAACACGUUUAUUUCUCUUUUUAAAAUCUAAUCUAAAAAUUUUCUUUUUUAAAAUGACAUAGAAAAAUCCAACUGUAUAUUUUAAAUCCAUA